CGACCCUGGUGAGUCGGGGUGCUUCGCGAGAGUUCUAAAAGGGGGCAGCAGUCUCAGUAUCAUAACCUGCAGACUUGUACUACUUUGUUUUCACACCUCCCUCUCUCUCCGUCUCUCUGAUCAUCAGAUAGCAAUCACAGAACAGAAUGGGUGCUGCUCAGAAGAUCGGACAUGCUGCGUACCAGGGUCCAAGCGUGGUGAAGGAGAUUAUGAUCGGGAUAACACUUGGCCUCAUGGCCGGAGGGCUUUGGAAGAUGCAUCACUGGAAUAACCAGAAGAGAAGCAGGGAGUUCUACAAUAUGCUUGACAAAGGUCUCAUAAGCGUUGUUGUGGAGGAUGAGUAGGCUUUUAAUUCUAUGCUCCUGGCCUGGUUUGAAUAUGUAUGUAGAUGUAGUAUACGGGCUUAUGUUAUCUGGAGUUUAAAUCUAAGCUAAUGCUGCACUGUUUGCGUCUUUCUAUGUUAUGUAGUGUGUUUCGGCCUUCUGGGUCGAUUUUCUAGCUACAUUGUUCUACAACAUUUUGGUAGCUAUGUUCCAAAUAAAUUCAUAUGAGGUGACUUAAUGAA